AUGUACAGCGAAAUCAGUAAUACGUCCCUCCGCCGUAUUGUUGAGUCCGCCUUCCGCAUAAUCAGUGAACUCAUUUCUGAGAGCCAAUCUCGAAGAUCUGCUACUCAAACCAACACAUUCAACCUAGCAGCCCAGCACCAACUGGGUAGGAAACCUGCUCCUUUCUCUGAAGUUUUGCGCCGUAUCUCCCGUAAUAUGACGCUUGGAAACCGCACUCCUAGUAUGGAGGAUCCAAGAACUACAACCUCAGUAGCACCACAGCUGCCCCUGGCUCCUUAUCAACAGCCUUCUUUCUCAAGCCCGGUUACUGGGAAAGGGUACGAGCAACAGCAACAACAACCACAAGAAUUUCUCGGCUCCGGAUUUUACAAUGCCCUCGGUGUUCAGGAUGACUCGAACCCAAAUUUUGCCAACUUUUGGAAUUUCAAUACCUCGCCGUCUGAUAGUCAAUCUGAUCUAUCAUUUCUCAACGUUUAUCCCGGCGUUGGGUCAGAUGGCGGCGAUCCACAUGGUCUUUGGCAAUUUUUUGUUGGACAAGAUCUUCUUUGA